AUGAUCCGGAGCUUGCCUUCAACGGUGGCAAGUCCCGUGGGUGUUGUGAAGAAGGGCGACAUCUUAGAAGGUCAGCCAAGAGAUGGUUGGCUUUUGCUGCUUGGCGCAGACUCCCCGACAAGUGGCCAGUUGCAGACCCAUUGUUUUCAGCUCAGGCUUGACUACAAGCACAGCGUCGAAAGCCUGGAAAAUGGCGAGGGCCGAUGGGUCCUGAUGCAUGGCAAGGAAUUGGGCUUAGGAGUUUUGCUGCACCAGAUCCUGCCUGUCCCAAGCGUCACUCAGACCUUUGCUACCAGCGUGCAACUAUCCUUCGACCAGGAUGUGAGCAAGUACUCUCUUGAAGUGGAGCCUGAGAUUGGAGAUGCCUUCCAUAUGAAAUGCUGUGAAGGCAUGGAACACAACAGAGACGAAGAAGGGCCGUUGAGUUUGGCCGAGAAAUCGUUUCAGUCUGCUUAA